AUGCGUCUGACUGCAAUGCCCCUUCACGAUGCUACAAGAGAUCUCAUUCUUCUCAAUCAACAACGUCUUUCCGAUGUUGAGCUGAACCUCCAACUCGAGGCCAACAAUGAACAACUUGAAAUUUUGGCGAAAGAUCUUGAGCUAGAAAAAGGGAAAACCGAUGCUCUGCUGUCUGAAAUGUUACCAGCAUCAGUGGCUCAGCAAUUGAAGAGUGGAAUGAGUGUGGAUGCAAGAGAAUACCAAGAAGCGACGGUGAUGUUCUGUGAUGUGCCCUCAUUUCAACAAAUCGUUCCCCAUUGUGCUCCGAAAGAUGUGGUGAUGUUGUUGAAUGAUCUCUUCACGAAAUUCGAUCGAUUGGUCAUCUUGCAAAAGGCCUACAAAGUGGAGACAGUUGGUGACAGUUAUAUGUCGGUUGGUGGAAUCCCGGAGAUCGUCGAGGCUCAUUGUGAGAUCAUUUGCCAUCUCGCGCUCGGCAUGCUGUACGAGGCAAGGAAUGUCACUGAUCCAGUUUCCGGUAAACCAUUAAAAAUCAGAGCUGGGAUUCACUCUGGUCCCGUUGUGGCUGGAGUUGUUGGUGCUAAAAUGCCAAGAUAUUGUCUAUUUGGAGACACAGUAAAUACAGCUUCUCGAAUGGAAUCGCACAGUCCAGUCGGGAGAAUUCAUUGCAGUGAGAGUGCUGUGAA